CUGGGAGGACGCGGUUUCCAUGGUGACGGCCCCCGCUUGAGUCAUGUCGGACCUCGGCUCGGAAGAGAUCGAAGAGGAGGCAGAGAACGAUUUGGGGGAAUAUGAAGGUGAACGCAAUGAAGCUGGUGAAAGGCAUGGACAUGGGAAGGCCAGAUUACCAAAUGGUGAUACCUAUGAAGGACAAUAUGAAAAUGGUAAAAGAAAUGGACAGGGAUUCUACAGAUUUAGAAAUGGUGCACGUUACAUAGGAGAAUACUCUGACAAUAAAAAACAUGGCCCUGGUGUCUUUAUUUAUCCAGACGGAUCAAAAUAUGAAGGAGACUGGGUGGAGGACCAAAGACACGGACAUGGUGUUUACUACUAUGUGAAUGGAGAUACAUACACAGGCGAAUGGUUCAAUCAUGUCAGGCAUGGACAAGGUACUUACUUCUAUGCAUUAACUGGUUCCAAAUAUAUUGGCACCUGGGCAAAUGGACAACAAGAAGGAGCUGCUGAACUUGUGCAUCUAAACCAUAGAUACCAGGGGAAGUUUGUGAAUAAAAAUCCAAUGGGCCCCGGGAAAUAUAUAUUUGAUAUUGGAUGUGAACAACAUGGUGAAUACUUUCAUGAGGAAAAAGCAGAAGAAGAGGAAGAGGAGGAAUUCUUGGCACCCAUGAUCCCCAAAUGGAAAGCAAUGAAAAUUACUGGUCUUACACUCUGGGCACCCGAAGAACCACCUCCUGUUCCAGAAGCACCUCCUGCAGCAACUACAGAGGCUCCACCAUCUGAAGCCGAGGAACUAGCAGCUACAGGUGGUAGUGAGGCUGCUGAAAGUACAGAGGCACACGCAGAGACACCUGAGCCCAUUGAAACAACAGCUUCACCUAGAGACACAGAGGAAGAGGAAGAGGCAGCUAAAGAAGACCAGGGAGAACCAGCCCCAGCCAUCACAGAAGAAAAGGAGGAAGAAGCAAAAGAUGCUGAGCCACAAGACUAGGGAGAAAAAAAAAUGAAAACAAUAACAAGGCAAGAGGCACAAGCCAAUCAUGGUUAAAUAUUUUUAGGUUCCUUUAAUUUUAACUAAACGGUUAAGCACAUAUUUAACUCUCUCUCUGAACUUAGUAGAAAUUACAAGUAGUUGACUUUGAGGAGGUCUCAUGCUCCUGUUUCCUUUUUUAAAAGAAUAUUAUCUGGACUCCUUUAUUCAUAAUCCAUGGGAUCAGCCUUAGCUCAUGGUUGUCAGAGAUUAGAGGCAAAGACUGCCUCUACCUGUCAUAACUCCUUCCUUGUCUCUUUUGGUGCUUUACAUGGCCCAACAUAAUGAGUUGGACCUAAAUUUAGUUAUGCAUGGGAUAUGAAUGUUCCUUUUGAAUUCAAAUGUCUGUCAAGCUAUUUUGAAUAAAGA